CGUCUGAAAUGGCGGCGGGGGUGCCUCCCUCUGACGUCACAAUGCCCGAUUUGCCCUGCUGCUGUUUGUGUGUUCCAGGCCAGCUGCGUCCUGCUGCAGCUGGGUUCGGCGCGACGCGGCGGGGGUUACGGCGGCCGCCCAAGCCUCGUACGGUUCUGUGGCCGCGGAUCCGCACCGCUCCGCUCCGCUGCGGCGGGUGUCAGAGGGCUCGCGAAGUGCCCAGCCGUAGCUCACGGAGUGGCAGCAGCCCUCGGAGGGGAGGCUGACACCUGGGCAGUACCCCAUCAUGAAGUUCCAGUACAAAGAAGAUCAUCCUUUUGAGUACAGGAAAAAGGAAGGGGAGAAAAUCAGAAAGAAAUAUCCCGACAGAGUCCCUGUAAUUGUGGAGAAAGCACCAAAAGCCAGGGUACCUGACCUAGACAAAAGGAAGUAUCUUGUGCCUUCGGACCUCACAGUUGGCCAAUUCUACUUCUUAAUCAGAAAGCGGAUCCACCUGAGGCCGGAGGAUGCCCUGUUCUUUUUUGUCAAUAAUACCAUCCCUCCCACCAGUGCUACCAUGGGACAACUCUAUGAGGAUAACCACGAGGAGGACUAUUUUCUCUAUGUGGCCUACAGUGAUGAGAGCGUCUAUGGCAAGUGAGCACCAGCCACCAGUCGUGCAGGCGAGAUGGACAGAUGGAACUGAUUUUGAGGGGUGGGAGUAUGUUGGAGAGGAGGAAGGAGAACUCUUGAGAAGAGGGAAAGACAACUGGAAGUGAAUCACAUGCACAAUGCCAUCGCCUUCAUGCAUUAACUAUAAUCUUUAUUUUUAAAUUGAGGGGAGGGAGGGUAAGAAGAAAUGGUGUGAAAGGGUGAACUGACAGGCUAACAAGGGAUUCUGUGCUGAGGGAUGGGGAUACUCCAUUUUUCAUAGUUCAUGUCUUGCCACAGCUGGAAUUUGUUAGCCAGUACUGGAGGCUGCUAGACAAGCCAGUGUUGUGGACCUCCUGCGGAGUGACUGGGCAGGAAAGAAAUGGGUAUUCAUAUGUAACCCUUUCAUGGAUGAGGCAGGCACGUCUGUAGCAUGUAUUGUACACUGACCUUGUCACACCUUGCCCAUGGCUUGGGUUGUGCUCCUGUGAGCAUUCAGUGAGCAGUGCAAUACUUUGUUCUGCCCGUACAAGGCUGUCCUGUGCUGACAGUCCUCACUCCAGCUGCUGCCUGUGAAGCAUUGCAAGACUAUUACAUUUCCCAUCACAUCACUAUUAAAAGGGCUACCUCUGAGGGCUGGGAACACCUCAGUCAUGACACGUAAAGGUUGAGGAGGAGGGGAAAAAAAGGAAGGAUUUUUUUUCUGUGUUGCUUUAAUUGCAAGUUCUGGGCAAAAGUUUGAGACCGACCCUUUUGUUCUCUUCAGUGAAGCCAACUGAUAGACUCAUAAGUGUAGGGCUAGAAAGGACAUCGAGAGAACGUCUAACCCACUCAGAUUCUGAGACAGGACUGAGUAUACCAAAAAUUUCCAUGGCUGUUCAUCUAACUCGUUCUUAGUGAGCUUCACUGAUGCCAAUCCUGUAGGCUGCUGUGAUAGCCUUUGCCAUUUCCUAGCUAGCCUACAAGCGAGAAAGCUUUUUGUGAUAUCUAGCUUCAGUCUCCCUUGCUGUGUAUUGAGGCAACUAACUACUAACGGUCUUGAUAUUGGUGAACAUGGAGAAUAAUCUAUUUGUGUUGUCUUUGUAACAAUCUUAUGCAAGUUUGAAGAUGGCAGAAAUUCUGUGGGUUUAACCUCCCCUUCCAUGUCUCAUUCCUGUACAGAUCUUGCACCACAAUCACAAGCAGAGGAAAUCAGUCCCUCACAAACACAUUUUCCUGGCUUUCUGUGAUUGCCUCCAGAGAAGUGCUUUUAGGCAUGAGGGGGAUGGGGACUAAAUCUCUUCAGGGCAGAUUCUCUGUAGAUUACUCCCUCAACCCCCCACCCCACCCCUUUUAAGCCAGUACUGUUCUUAGAAAGGUACCGGACAGAUUCUGUCCUGUGCAAGCCUUAUGCUGUCAUACUAAAGCAGUUUCUUCCUGGUGGCACAAACAGCAGAUUUUCCCAUAACUGCCAUUACUCUGAUGAAGGAGUUGGGCUUUGGGGAGUGAGCUGACUUCCAGGAAAAUUCUAGGUUAGUGUUUUUAUCUAAAAAUUAGAGAACUGAACUGAAUUACUAUAAACAUUCCUACAUAGAGGAGAGGGACCAAGAAGGAGGAAAAGACAAGAAGGAUGAAGAAGAGAGGCAGAUCCCAAUGUAAGUUGAGGGUGUUUACUGUGUUUACAUGAAGAAAUUAGAUCUCAGCUCCUCAGGAAUGAGAAAUCAAGAUGAGUGCUCCUCUGAUUGUGGGAGAUAGAAAAUCAGAUUUCAGCCUUUUCAGACUGCUGUUCCACUAAAGUGUAUAAGGCAAGAAGAGCAUUCUGGGAAUGUGGAGCAAGAGUCAUUGGCAGAGUUGUGUGAAGCUCAGGGGGGCCAUAGGGCAGGAGGAUCAUUGCCUGUGUGGUAUGGAAAGUAGUAGACUGGAAUGAGAGAGAAGGGAAGGUGUGCAAAGGGUGUAGUUAGGGUAAUCAUAAUGAGCAGAUAGAAAAUGGGGAAACAAAAGAAGAAAUGUAUGUCUUAGUAUCCCCAGUUUUUCAUUCUGAGCUCUGGUUUUGCUGCUUAGUCGUGCUCAUCUAGAGUAAACAUGUUGGGAUGAAUUAUACCUACUGCCUAAUUUAAAUCAGUUCUGCUUACAGUGUACAGUACUCUCUUUCUGACCCACUCUCCUCUGAUUAGGGUCUGAUCAGGCUGUUUUCACAUCCUUUGCAUGCAAAUACACAUCAGUCUCUUGUUUUAGGAAGUUCUGAAACAGAAAACAGAUCCAGAAGACUUUUUAGGGUAAAAGACAAUGUGGGGCAGGACGGAAUGGCAUGCAUCUCUGUCACUGUCCCACAUGCUCACACACAUACUACUAAGCACAUGGUUAUGUGUUGUCUCAAAAUAACUCAUGCUUGGGCACACUCAAGGGAAGGUGAAAUGCUUGACUUUGUGUUCAGACCUCCCCUUCCCUCCUACUGCUGGGUUUAUAAGUGGUGUCGGACUAAUCUAAGCUGUUUGUUACAUGUAGGGUUUCCUGAUUAAUUAUUUUACAUUUCUUUUGACUAGGUUAUGGCAUUUACUUCUAUUUUUGUGCUAGUCCAAUAUUGUACAAAGUAAUUGUGAUAAUUUUUUUUCUGUUGGUUAGCUUCUUGUAAAAUAAAGUUCAUAUUACUUGAGCUAAAUCAACCAAUCAAUAAAGACAGAUUUGGAAAUCAAA